AUGGCUGCCAUGGAUCUGGCCAAAUGCCUCCAGGAGGUGCUGGUCUGUUCUUUAUGCAUAGAAUACUUCAUCAGCUCCGUGAUCAUCAAUUGUGGACACAACUUCUGCCGAAUCUGUCUUCUCAGGUACUCAGAUGAUGUUCAUGUGUCCUUCUCCUGCCCAGAGUGCCAUGGGACCUGCCAGCUGAAGGUCCUGGAGAUCACCCAAAGUCUGGGAAGGCUCGUAGUCCUCCUAAAGCAGCUCGGACCUCACCUAUUGUGGGGCUCUGCUGAGGAGGAGGAGCAGUGUGAGAGACACCAGAAAUCUCUGAAGCUGUUCUGUCCGGAGGAUAAAACUGCAAUCUGUAUAUCCUGCUACUAUUCCAAAGAGCACGGGGAAUGCAGUGUGAGUCCGAUAGAAGAGGCUGCGAAGGAUUACAGGGAAAGUUGUCUUUUUCGGAGAGGUUCCAGUAGCUUCUGUAUCCAAUUUCUGUGGACAGAAAUUGUGCUAGCUGCAGAAAAAAAGAAUUCAGCAAUGGUGAAGAUUCAGAGCCUGGAGAAGACACAAUGGAGAAUUUGUGAGGAGCAUCUCUUCCAGCAGAGCUGCAUUCUUCCAGGACUGAUCACAGAGCUGGAGGAGAAGUGCCAGAGGGGCAGCACCGAGCUGAUAUAG